UCCUAUGGCCGGCCGCAUCAACUACCAAACUGCUGGGUACCAAUGCGUGCGUCCAGGAGAGUUAUGGCAAAUCAGUUGGCUAGAAGAAACGGGAACUGUGGUGUCGCUUGUCUACGACAUAACCAAGGGCACUAUCAGCGGACUCCUGAGCUUUUCGAAGGGGCAUUGGGAAAACCCUGUGGAAGCUCAUGGUGACAAGAGAAACCCAGAAGAUUUUGACCGGUGGAGGACUCUAGCGACAUACGGAAAACAAACCGACCGAUUCAUGUUAGUGGAGCAGGCGCAGAUUCUUGAAAAUUUUAAAGGGAAGGGAGACUUGAUGCCAAUUGAACCCGACGCUGUCACAUUGUAGACAUUUUGUCGUGGUUAUUCAUGUACCUUCAUGUAAAUAUAUCCGGCAGUACACUUAACCUAAAUAUUACUACAGCUGCAAUAUAAAUGGGGAGUUGGUUCACA